AGCCUUCCUUCUCACGUUCGAUGCAGUACUUUAUCGAGCUACGCAGCGCGUCAUACAUAUAUAUAUACAUACAUUCACCUCCUCGGCAAGUCGGCCUGCAUCAUCGCGAAGAGCAGCAAACGGCAGAAGCGAAACAUGUCACACGAGCAAUAAAUGCAGAAGACGCAUCUCCCCGCCUCCGCACCGAACCGCACGCGAUCACGCAACUCUAACAAAAACGAAAAAAAAAAUAGGACCGAUAGUUAAUUAAAGUCACACGUCUCAGAAUUUACGCGCUGAGUUGAACUUCGUGCGUUACUACGGCGGCUCUCCGAAAGUGACUUUUUCAAUGGACUCCCACACGUUCCAUGGCCCCGGCGACGUCAACGCAGAGGACGACCUCGUAGCGUCUCUCAGAGCGUUUCUACACACGUGGACCGAAAGGCAGCAGCACGCGGUCUCGACCGUCACCGAGUCGGUGUCGCCGUCGGACGGCCGUGGCGACUCCCUCUCCUCAAACUUUCCACCCCCUCUUCGGGCGUCACUGCCGCGCAGCUUUCGCCCUUGCGAGAUGGUGCCGGCCGUGUACUUGGGCUCCUGGCAGGACGUGGGCGGAGACGUGGCCGCCUUAAUUCAGCGGCUCCAACAGGCCACGUCUUGCAGCGAAGAAGUGAAGAGGGAGUCGCCGGCACGCCUCGCUGCUCCACAGCAGAUGGCACUCCUGGUGCGUGCGUGUCCCUUAUCCGGUGUGUCGGGGCCGCAGCUGGAGCUGCACGUCGCACGACCUCGCAAGUGUGGGUCGCGGCGAACGCCCAAUGGCCUCUCUGCGGCUGGGCGGCGUCUGACGACGAUGACGAAAGCUGCGCCGUCGAUAUCCCGCCCGGCGGCCACCACUGGGGAGGCGUCUGUGUCUGUGCACGAUGUCGAGGUGACACACCUAGGCCUGACCGACCUCUACAAACGCGUGUGCGCUGCUCUUGGCAGCGACUCCUGUUCUCCCUCCUCCGCCACCUCCUCUCCACAAAACACCCUCAUGCAGUGGCUCUGCCCUGAUGGGCCACCUUCCAUGUGCAGAGGAGCGAUUCCGCCAGAAUUCUCUCCGGGAGAGUGGGACGUGUGCGUUGGCGCGGUGCGGGAGGUUCUGCUGGGGGACUACGCCGCCUGCAUGGAAAGCGUGCCGGCAACGUGGCGCGAUGUGUACUGUUAUUGGCGCCUGGUGCUGCCCAUCUUCGACGCCCCGUCAGAGCCGAUUCAACAGUACUUCGCCAUGACAACGCUGCUGCUGCACGCUGCCCUGUCCCUGUCGGCCCAUUCCAACUACUCGAAGUGGCUGGGGGCAGAGAGGAGCGAGGAGAGCAAUGUCGGCACCACGCCAGUCAAUGGAGAAGAUGUACAAGGAGGUCGUGUAGCCGCUGCUGCUGCUGCUGCUGUGACGGCGCUGCCGUGUGUGGUCGUGCACUGCCACGCCGGCAAGUCGCGCUCCGUCAGCUUCGUCGCCGCCUUCCUCCUACAGGAAUGGAUGAUGUGCUACCGCGUCGCGCACGCACCAUCAACGGUGGGGACCAGAUCCACUCCUGCAGGCGCUGACGGAGAACACGCCAACAACACGCAUUCGACCACGGUAGGUGGGGCAGCGUCUUCCAUUCUUCAAGUCAGCAAGACGCCUCACAGCAUUACCGCGCGACGACUCGUCGAUACGGUCAUGGCCCAUCUGCGCAGCAGACGUCUCUGCGUUGACGUGAACAUCGGGUUUGAUGCGCAGCUACAUGCGAUGGUGCAUGCGUUUAUUGAUGGCCUUUGA